AUGCCCGCCCGAAAUUGGGUACCUAGCCUUCUGUGGCUCCGCAGCUUCAAAUAUGUUGGUUACGGAGUCCUCAACGAUGUCAGAACUCGACUACCAUACUACAAGUCCGAUUUCACUGAUGCCUGGAAUUACCGUGUGGUUCCUUCUACAACCUACAUAUUCUUUACAAACCUUCUUCCCGCCAUCGCGUUUGCGCAGGACAUGUUUGACAAGACAGAAAACUCGUAUGGGGUGAAUGAAGUGUUGAUGAGUCUGGCGUUUGCUGGAGUCGCAUUUGGUCUUUUCUCCGGUCAACCUUUGUGUAUAGUUGGAGUUACCGGACCCAUCUCCAUCUUUAGCUAUACCGUGUACGAGCUCAUUGGACCGCGAGGAACCCCUUAUUUUCCAUUUAUGUGCUGGAUAUACUUAUGGUCGAUGAUUUUCCACUUCAUUCUUGCAUUCACCAACUCGGUUUCUUUCCUCAAAAUCAUCAGUCUGUACUCGUGCGAUGUGUUUGGGUUCUUCAUCUGCGUGGUGUAUAUUCAAAAGGCUAUCCAGCUUCUUAAUGGUCAAUUCCAUCAUGUCGAUUUGGCAUCGGGUUACGCUUCGGUAAUGAUUGCCCUUUUGAUGGUAGCCUGUGGAGUUGGAAGCCACAUAUUCGGGUCUCAGCUCCACUACUUUAACCCAGUUGUGCGCAAGAUUUUUGUGGACUACGGGGUUCCGGCUUCUGUGAUUUUAAUUUCACCGGAUUUAUUCACUUUGGUGGAUUUUUGGAGAAAACAGAACUCGCAAGAUUACCCAUUACCCAAAUCUUUUGCUCCAACUUUAUCGGGAAGGAAGCAAGACCCCACGGCCUGGUUUAUUCAUUUCUGGCCCCUGGAAAAAUAUCAGCGUGGGAGAUGUGUUUCUUGCUGUUCCAUUUGCUAUUUUGCUCACGUUUCUCUUCUAGCUUUGACCACAAUGUUUCGUCAUUGA